UGUCAAACACAAAAACCAAUUUGUACAUAAACAUUGUCUCCACAAUUUAUUUUAAUACAUUUCAUUGUAAUAAUUACUUGUAUUAAGAUUCUUUGGUGCACUUAUGGUUCAGAAGUGUUUGCAAUGGACAACGUGUAUAUUUUAAAUAAUUUAAGGAAGGGGAGUCUCAAGGUGACCAUUACCCCAGCACAGCAUAAGACCCUCACGCAUUUGCCGAAACGACCACCAGUCGAUUUGGCUUUCACAGACCUUACGUACAGGGUGCACGAAGGAAGAAAAAGCAAUGAGAAAAUAAUCCUGAAGUCGGUGUCGGGCCGGCUGCGGUCCGGCGAGCUGACGGCCAUCAUGGGCCCGUCCGGCGCCGGCAAGUCGACGCUCCUCAAUAUACUCACUGGAUACAAGACAUCAGGAAUGGAGGGCAGUAUCACUGUGAACGGUAUGGAGCGCAAUCUAUCCAGCUUUCGUAAGCUGUCGUGCUAUAUCAUGCAGGACAACCAGCUACACGGUAACCUGACAGUAGAGGAGGCUAUGUCGGUGGCCACCGCACUCAAGCUGCCUAGUGCCACUACCAGGACUGAUAAGGAUGAAGUGAUCCGAGAAAUCCUGGAGACGCUCGGUCUCUCGGAGCAUCACAAGACUAUGACGUCAAAUCUCUCAGGAGGUCAGAAGAAGCGUUUGUCAAUAGCCUUGGAGUUGGUUAACAACCCUCCUAUUAUGUUCUUCGACGAGCCCACCUCGGGACUGGACAGUUCCUCCUGCUUCCAAUGUAUCUCGUUGCUGAAGACAUUAGCGAGAGGGGGACGGACGAUCAUCUGCACUAUUCAUCAGCCCUCGGCUCGUCUUUUUGAAAUGUUUGAUCAUUUGUACACGCUAGCUGAUGGACAAUGUGUCUACCAGGGCAGCACGGGGAGACUGGUGGAGUGGCUGGGCAGUCUCGGUCUGCAGUGUCCAUCGUACCACAACCCGGCGUCGUUUAUCAUCGAGGUGUCUUGCGGCGAGUACGGCGACCACACCGGCAAGCUGGUGCGAGCUAUAAACAACGGCAAUCACGAUAUUAGAAACGGCGUACCCUUCCCCGAUGCUAAGUUACCCGACUUCAAUAACAAGAAAGAUAUGGAGUCUUCUUUGAGGUCCGCGGGACAAUGGAAUAAGAACGACCUCUCCCAAGUCCAGGAGAAGUUCAGUGAUGAACAUAAGGAGGUGAACGGAACCAAUAAUCUGCAGAACGGAUUAUUGCAAUAUGCUGCUAAUGAAAUUGCUAAAGGGAAAGCAGCAGAGCCUAUCGUGGUGCAGCUGGAGACGGAGAAGGUGGACAACGCGGAGGAGGCGCUGCUGGGCGCGGCGGCGAGCUGCCCGCGCCGCUACGCCACUUCCGAGCUCACGCAGUUCUGGGUCGUCUUGAAGAGGACGCUGCUCUUCAGCAGGAGGGAUUGGACGCUGAUGUACCUUCGGCUGUUCGCGCACAUCCUGGUGGGGUUCCUGAUCGGCGCGCUCUACUACGACAUCGGCGACGACGGCUCCAAGGUGCUCUCCAACCUCGGCUUCCUCUUCUUCAACAUGCUCUUUCUCAUGUACACCUCCAUGACCAUCACCAUCCUCAGCUUUCCCCUGGAGAUGCCGGUGCUGGUGAAGGAGCACUUCAACCGCUGGUACUCGCUGCGCUCCUACUACCUCGCCAUCACCGUCUCUGACAUACCCUUCCAGGCGAUAUUCUGCGUGAUCUACGUGGUGAUAGUAUACCUGCUGACGUCACAGCCGCUGGAGUGGUCGCGGUUCGCGCUCUUCCUCGCCUCCUGUCUGCUCAUCUCCUUUGUAGCGCAGAGCGUCGGCCUCGUCGUCGGCGCCGCCAUGAACGUGCAGAACGGUGUGUUCCUCGCGCCUGUGAUGUCGGUGCCGUUCCUGUUGUUCAGUGGCUUCUUCGUGUCCUUCAACGCCAUUCCAGUAUACCUGCGCUGGAUCACUUACCUCUCCUACAUACGGUACGGCUUCGAGGGCACCGCGCUCGCCACAUACUCCUUCAACCGCACCAAGCUGCAGUGCCAUCAGACGUACUGCCACUUCAAGGAUCCGAACACGACGCUGGAGGAGCUGGACAUGCUGGACGCGGACAUCGCGCUGGAUAUCGCGGCCUUGUGCCUCAUCUUCGUGGUGCUGCGCGUCUCCGCCUUCCUCUUCCUGCGCUGGAAGCUGCGCUCCACCAGAUAACGUGUAUCUCACUGUCUUUACAAAUAU